CCAGAGGCAGCAAUCAUUGUGUCCAGUAAGAUGGGGGACACAGCGCCCCCGCAGGCCCCCACCGGAGGGUUAGGGGGCGCCCCUGGGGCGGGGCUCCUUGGAGGGGGCUCCGUCACCCCGAGAGUGCACAGUGCCAUUGUGGAGCGCCUUCGGGCUCGAAUCGCCGUUUGCCGCCAGCACCACCUGAGCUGUGAAGGACGCUAUGAACGUGGUAGGGCUGAGAGCUCAGAUCGGGAAAGAGAGAGCACCUUGCAGCUCCUGAGCCUUGUACAGCACGGCCAGGGGGCGAGGAAGGCCGGCAAACACGCCAAGGCCACUGCCACCGCGGCCACCACGACGACAGCCCCUCCACCACCACCUGCCGCACCUCCUACAGCCUCCCAAGCGGCCACGCAAGCGGCCCCGCCGCCCCCGCCAGACUACCACCAUCACCACCAGCAGCACCUGCUGGACAGCAGCAAUAAUGGUGGCAGCAGUGGGAUCAGUGGGAUCGAAGGGGAGCAGCAGCCACCGGCUUCGACCCCCGGGGACCAGAGGAACUCAGCCCUGAUCGCGCUCCAGGGUUCCUUGAAAAGAAAACAGGUCGUCAGCCUGUCUCCUGCCAACAGCAAGAGGCCCAAUGGCUUUGUCGACAACUCCUUCCUUGAUAUCAAAAGAAUCCGUGUUGGGGAAAACCUCGCUGCAGGACAAGGAGGCCUUCAAGUAAAUAAUGGACAAAGUCAGAUGAUGGCAGGGACCUUGCCCAUGAGCCAAGCCCCGCUGAGGAAGCCCGCCACGCUGCCGCCGCACGCACCCUCUCCUGGAAACGGUCUGUUCAGCAUGGCCUUGAAGGAGGUGAAGAAGGAACCGGGGGAGACGCUCUCUUGCAGUAAGCACAUGGACGGCCAGAUGGCCCAGGAGAAUAUGUUUUCUAACAACAGGUACGGGGACGAUUCUGGAGAGCAGCUGAUGGACCCUGAGCUGCAGGAGCUGUUCAAUGAGCUGACCAACAUCUCCGUGCCUCCCAUGAGUGACCUGGAGCUGGAGAACAUGAUCAAUGCCACCAUUAAGCAGGACGACCCAUUUAACCUGGACCUGGGUCAGCAGAGCCAGAGGAGCACGCCCAGGCCAUCCUUGUCCGUGGAGAAGGCAGUGAUCAAAAGCGAAUACUCGCCUGGCCUGACCCAGGGGCCCUCGGGCUCGCCUCAGUUGAGGCCCUCAUCGGCGGGCCCCGCGUUCUCCAUGGCCGCCUCGGCCCUCUCCACCUCCUCCCCCAUCCCCUCGGUCCCUCAGAGCCAGGCUCAGCCGCAGACAGCCGCAGGGGCCAGCCGGGCCUUGCCGAGCUGGCAGGAGGUGUCCCACGCCCAACAGCUCAAACAGAUCGCCGCCAAUCGGCAGCAGCACGUCCGGAUGCAGCAGCAGCAGCAGCAGCAGCAGCAGCAGUCGAGCAACUGGCCGGCCCUGCCCUCGUCCGCCGGGCCGUCCCCGGGUCCCUUCGGGCAGGAGAAAAUCCCCAGCCCUUCUUUUGGCCAGCAGCCAUUCAGCCCGCAGAGCUCCCCGCUGCCGGGGGUAGCGGGCGGCGGCGGCCAGCCCAAGGUCAUGGCUAACUACAUGUACAAGGCCAGCGCGUCGGCCCAGGGAGGGCCGCUGGACGUGCUCCUGCAGCCCAAGCCUCAGGAUCUCAGUCGGAGCUUCAUGAACAGCCCGCACACGGCGCUGGAGCCCCGGCACGGCAGCACCAAGCCGCUGUUUCAUUUUAACUCAGAUCAAGCCAGCCAGCCGAUGCCUUCGGUUUUGCCUUCCCAGAGCAAGCCUUCCCUCCUCCACUACGCCCAGCCGCAGCCGCCCUCCAUCCCGGCUCAGCCGCCGCCGCCGCCGCCGCCGCCCCAGCCCGCCCAGCCUCUCCCGAGCCAGCCUUUGCUGAGGUCCCCCUUGCCGCUUCAGCAAAAGAUCCUGCUUCAGAAAAUGCAGAAUCAGCCCCUCGCAGGGCUGGGGUAUCAAGUCUCCCAACAACACCGCCAGGACCAACAGUCUGCGGUAGGCCAGAGCCCAGGCCCCAGUCCAAGUCCCAACCCCUGCUCAAAUCCAAACACUGGAAGUGGUUACAUGAACUCUCAGCAAUCACUGUUGAAUCAGCAAUUGAUGGGAAAGAAACAGACUCUGCAGAGGCAGAUCCUGGAGCAGAAACAGCAGCUUCUCCUCCAGCAGCAGAUGCUGGUUGACACGGAGAAAAUUGCUCCGCAAGAUCAGAUAAACAGACAUUUGACAAGGCCACCCCCAGAUUAUAAAGACCAAAGAAGAAACGUAGGCAGUGUGCAGCCCACUGCUCAGUAUUCUGGUGGCUCAUCGGCAGUGAGUUUAAACUCUAACCCGGCUUUGGCAAACCCAGUUUCAACACACACCAUUUUAACUCCAAAUUCCAGCCUCAUGUCUACUUCUCAUGGGACAAGAAUGCCAUCCUUAUCCACAGCAGUUCAGAACAUAGGGAUGUAUGGGACCCUGCCUUGCAGUCAACCUGGCACGUACAACAUCACUUCAGGAAUGAGUCAGCUGACCCCACAGAGAAACCCAAACCAACUGCUAGCAAAUCAAAACAGCCCUCUGAUGCCACGGCCGCCUACUUUAGGGUCCAGUAAUAAUAAUAACGUGGCCACUUUUGGAGCUGGAUCCGUUGGCAAUUCACAGCAAUUAAGACCAAAUUUAACCCACAGUAUGGCCAGCAGGCCUGCCCAGAGGACGUCGAACGUGAUGGUCACAUCCAACACGGCGGCACCAAACUGGGCCUCUCAAGAAGCAACAACCAAGCAGCAGGAGGCGCUGAAGUCCGCAGGAGUCCGCUUCCCCGCGGCUACGCCUGCGGCCUACACCCCGAACCAGUCACUGCAGCAGACUGCAGCUAGCCAGCAAUUUGCCCAGAGAGCGGUUGCUCCUCCUAGUCAGUUAACGCCAGCGGCGCAAAUGAGACCCAUGAGCCAAAUGAGCCAGACAUUAAACGGACAGACCAUGGGUCCACUCAGAAGUCUGAAUCUCAGACCCAAUCAGCUCAGCACACAGAUUUUGCCGAAUUUGAACCAGUCAGGCACGGGGUUGAGUCAGUCGAGGACAGGCAUAAGCCAGCCACCAUCCCUGACGCCCGGCACUUUCCCUUCACCCAACCAAAGUUCCAGGGCUUUUCAAGGAGCUGACCAUGGCAAUGACUUAGCUUUUGACUUUCUCAACCAACAGACUGAUAACAUGGGCCCCGCCCUAAACAGUGAUGCUGACUUCAUUGAUUCCUUAUUGAAGACAGAGCCUGGUAAUGAUGACUGGAUGAAAGACAUCAAUCUUGAUGAAAUCUUGGGGAACAACUCCUAAAGGCGGAAAGGGAGACAAUUCGCAGACUCCAAGCAUGCAAAGGCAGUAUUUCAUGAGGACUCCGUGAAGGCCAAACGGUUGACUUUCACUUGGACUCCUAUGAUACCUUGGCUGAAACGUGGAAAGCAGGAAGUAACUGUAGCAGCGAGCAUUUUGGUCCAAAUGCUCGUUUUAAAUCUCAAACCUGAACGUAAAACAUUGGGGUCACUUUUCCCUGUCGAAACUCCAGGACACAGUAUCCAGUUUACCCAAACAGAGCUGUGAUGUUGAUGUGUAAUUAGUUGUGUAAAAUGGGCUUCCCAAGCUCCUCUUUGCCCUGAAGGGAAAGUCAUAGAACCCGUAGCUGGUUUAACCCCCAUGUCACGCAGAGGUACUAGUUCCAAGCCACAAGCUACAAAUCCCCUCAUUUGCUCUAAUUGAUACAUAAGUGUGGUUUAAUCUCUCUACUCUGUUUUUUUCAUUUAGGUUUUCUAAAACUUCCAGGGUAGAUCAAAAUGCUGUAGGUUUGUUUAGAGUACCCAAACAGUGUCCUAAGUCAAGGAAAAAUGGAGAGCCCAGAGAACAUUCAGUGGACGACAGAUUUUCUUCCCCAGAUUCACCCCCUCACUUUUUCACUUUUCCCACACGUCCUCCACUUCAGCGAGAUGCUGUGUCUAGUGAUGAAACAAGAACGCAGAGCUGUCCAACUUUAUUUGGACUUCCACAACCAAUUUCUGAAUCCAGCUUCUGAGUCUUAGCUACAAUCAUGACCUGUGGCUAAUCAUACUGAAAUAUUAGUGCACACCUGUCUGCAUCAGAUUUCACUGUUUAAAAAAGAAAACCCUCCACUGGGCAUUGCUCUAAGGAAGAUGUAUUUGACCACAGAUAACUUGGUCUUAUUGUGAUGAUGCCUGCUGGUUAGCUCCCAAGCUGAGUGGGAAUUCGAGCCCUCUCUGCUUAUUUUGAUGACCAGAGACUGAUUUGUAAGAAAAGGAAGUUUGGAGACCAAAACGGAGAUGAGAAGGUAUCACGUUUUGGUUGAAGAAAACAAAAGAUCAGGACCAGGGACAGCAGGUACCGGCGGGCGCAAAUCUAUUUCAUGGGGUUUGAGGGAAGGCAUCAUUGAGAGGAAAAACAAUCUGCCUUUAUUUGGACACAUUAUUUGGGUGAACAACUGAAUAGAAUGUGCUGUUAGUUGCCAUCUAUUCAUUCUUCUGUCCCCGAUGUGAUGAAUCAUUGCCACAUGCUAGAUGGGCCCAUCGUAUCCAGGUUUUCUCCCUCAGGGCUGAGCAUUGUAUCAAAGAAGAAGGUCCUGUUGAGUCAUGUAACAGAGCAGCUGUAAAAUGGGGACGAUGUGGGCUGAUGUGGGAUGUAUGCGAAAUAGCACUAUCAUUUUCCUCAUUCCAGAGGAACACGGGUUACCGCCAGCCUUCUUAGCCAUACACUCACAUAUUCAAUUAUCAAAUGAUAUUUAACUGAAGUCAUCUAAUUACUCUUUAAAUACCUGUUCUAAAAAGAACACAUUUGGAGAGUUCUGCAAAGCCCUCUCCCAAUCGUUACAAUGUCUAGAAGCACUCUUCCUUUGACACAAUACCAACAUCACUGGCCUGGAAUCGUUUCUGCGCUAGGUUGUAAAUAUAUAUAAAUGACUUGUUUUGUAAACUUUUGUAAAGAAUAUUUUGGUAGAAAUCCUUAAAGCAUAUUCUUUGGGUUAUAUUUAUACAUAUGUGAAAUAAAUAUACUAUCAAAAGGUUAUAUUUUAUACAAAAAGUAAAUUGUUACCUUUUGUAUGCUAAUAUACAAAGUUUUGUAUAAUAGGAUGGUUUAUUUUUAGCUCUACACUUAAACCGUAGGUGGUCAAGUGGGAACUUUUGAAAACUAUCAAGAGGCUUGUGAGGCAGAUUUCUAUUCUGAAACCUCAAUAAGAAAGCAUUCCAGGUUUCAAUUCUUUCCUUUUUUUUUUUUUCUGCUCCCGAAUUCUUUUUGAAACCCAUAGUUCUUGUGUCUUGUUGGAUUAUUCUGCUGUGCACAUUGUACUGGUCCUUGUUGCAUGUGGCCUACUGUGUGUUUUCCCAUUUUAUAAAACAGCGUUUCUCCAUGCGGAAAAGCAAGGAAAACGUUAUGUACAUACAAACACUUUUCUUUUAUGGCUCCUCCAUGUUACUGUAUAUAUCUGCCAGCACUUCCCAGUUACACGCCUAUGAUUCAGCUUAUUUUUGCCCUAACAUAGUCUGUUUUGUAGUAGCUAUCAAAUUUAAGAGAUCAAGCAAUCAGAAUGUUUGGAUUUUCCUAAUGUGAAUUUCAUAAUUAAUGUCUAUUUAUUCAGCUAUUCAUUAAAAUACAGGAUUCUUUGGGGAAAAAAAAUGGUGGAGUCUAUAGUUUCUGUUUGUUGGCAGCCUAUUACCAAAGAUGACGUAAUUUCCCUGAAAGCUGAGAUAAUGACGAUUUGAUAGAUGUGACCAAAACUCCAGAAUUUACAACGUAAAAGCUAUUGGAAUACAAUCUCCCUUUUAUAGAAAUACCAGACUACUUAACUGUCAGCAUUGUUUAUCAUUCUGACAUAGUAUACAGGAGGUAGAAGUAAUUUUUCUUUUUUCUUUUUUAAUUCAAAGACUAGAUAGUAAUUGAAGCAAAGAAGUCAUUCUUGGCUUUGUGUUAAGCCCACUGGCGAUCGGUAACUCUGCUCUAAGUGGAUGCACUAAUAUUACUUGCAUUACUGUAACUGUACCCCAAACUGUAAAGAUGUCAACUUGUAAAACAAGUAUUUUGUAUGGUGUGUCAUUUCCUGUGUUAAAAAAAAAUAGUUAAAAAAAUUUCAGAA